AUGAAGUUUGAGAGGCCGAGUAAGAUCCAGACGAUCAGCUUGCCUAUGAUUUUGACCCCUCCUUACAAGCACUUGAUCGCUCAGGCACACAAUGGUUCUGGCAAGACUACUUGUUUCGUGCUUGGCAUGUUGAGCCGUAUUGAUCCCAAACUCACUGCUCCUCAGGCGCUCUGCAUCUGCCCUACCCGAGAAUUGGCGAUCCAGUAUAAGGAUAGUCAAAUCAACUCAGUAGAUAAACGUGCAAGGAUGGGGAGUAUUGAGAUAUAUAACAUGGAAGUUCUUAAGAAGAUGGGGAAUUAUACAGGAAUUACUUUUGAAUGUGCUAUACCAAUGGAUAGCAGCAAUUAUGUUCCAAUUUCAAAACGAGCACUAGUGAUAGCACAAGUAGUGAUUGGCACUCCUGGUACAAUCAAUAAAUGGGCGACAACAAAGAAAUUGAGCACGAACUAUUUGAAGAUUCUUGUUUUUGAUGAAGCGAACCACAUGUUGGCAGAGAUUUCCCUAAUCCCAAGUUGUUUUGAUGAUGAGCUUGUAGUACAUGUCUCAGAUUGUGGUUUGGCUCCUCUAAUAUCAUCUGUCUCUGAAAGUCAGGUAAUUGCUUGUCAUUUGAUCUUUAAAUUCGUUGAUAAUUGGUUGUUAAAACAUGAAUCUUUGAGUAUGCGCUAA